UGUGAAAUAUAAAAGCGAAACUAAUUUAAUUACCAAAUACAAUGGAAACCAUUUUGCAACCACCGCCGCCGUUUGUGUUUGAAAAUAAUCUUGUAAAUGUGACAUCUGGCAAUUUAAGUAAAGAGUGGGACAAAUGGAAAAAGAGUUUCAAAAUUUACUAUGCAGCGUGUGAAAUCGGAAAUAAAGACGUCACAGUGCAGAUAAACAUUUUGCUUCACGUCAUCGGUGAUCGGUGCAGAGACGUGUACGAUCAAUUUACGGAUAAAACAAAAUGUACUACGGUUGACAAAGUGUUGGAGAAAUUUGAUAGUUUUUUUUAUCCUAAGAAGAACUUAACGAUUGAACGUCACAGAUUUUUUACACGUGAUCAGAGUGAAUUCGAGUCCGUUGAACAGUACGUGUUCGAAUUAAACAAAAUGGCGGUGAAAUGUGAAUUUAAAGACUUGUGCCAAGACUUAGUGCGAGAUAGAUUGAUAUGUGGAAUAAGAGAUGGAUCCUUACGAGAACGCUUGUUGAGGGAACCCGAUUUGACUUUAACGAAGGCUGUGGAGAUUGGUAAUUUGGCAGAAUUAUCCCGCGCACAAGCAGUGACCUUGAAAUCGGAGAGUACUGAGCAUCACCACGUUCAUGAAAUUUCAAAUGAAAAUCAAGGUACUAACUCACAGGUGAAAGAGAUUGAUGCCAUACAAAAGGACCGUCGGUUUUCUCGAGCGCAGCGGUCAAGGUCAUCGCGCGCGCGAUCGGGCGGACAAUGGUCGCGUCCAGGUCCGUCGCGGCAGCAAGAGCAGCAUCAGGAGUCACGGGGUGCUAGAGGUCUACCUUCUUCACGCUACCGUGAUGAGAGAAAGUGGCACAAAACACCGAUGUAUCGCGGCUGUCUACAAUGUGGUGGAGUUCAUGCAAAGUUUAAGUGCCCUGCAUAUGGACAACAAUGUUUAACUUGUAAGAAAUUUAACCACUACUCGAGAAUGUGUGGAAUCUUUGAGGUGCGCGAGGACUCUUCCGAUCAGGGAAGUACGACCUCCUGAUCGGUGGGGAUUCCCAGCCACAUCAUGAAAUACAUCCAGUGAAUCUAAUCCCGGUAA